AUUCCCCUGUCGUGUGAUUUCCAAACGAAAUUUUACAAGUUUUCAGCAAUAAGUCACUUUUCAAUACUAAAAAUGUUCGUGAAACUUCGAUAUUAUGAUAUAGCACGACAAAUCAACACAUUUGUGUGGAGAUCUUGCAGUAAUUGCAAGAUACAGUCUUGCACCACGCCCAUCAAAAAUUCCGCAGCUUUUGAACGGAACGGCGAGAGACUGUCGCGCCUGGAGAUUCGGCGUCAUCUUGGAACCGUUUCCCACGUUGGAAAGAGGUUUUCAUCCACGUCUUUGUACACUCCGUCGUCCGAAGGAGAACAUGUCCCAUUUGUAUUGAAACCUGAAUUAGACUUCAACACCAUAAUGCUAGAGGAAGAGAAGUUCAAGAAAAGCAUUGAAGCAAGGGAAAUAAAGGGAAUCAAUAUUUCAGAGAUGAUCUCUAUCUGGAACGAGGUUUGUAAUCUCGAGGAGCAGAAGAAUGAGAUGGAAAGAAAGAGAAAAGCCCUCAACACAAGAGCUAAACAACUCAGUAAACAGAAAGGAGAAGCCGGGACCAAAGAGAAAAUCCAACUUGAAGGCAGGAAAAUCAGAGAAGAGGUGAAAAGAGUAAAUAGCACUUUGAAUGACUUGAUGAAUAGGUUAUAUCCUCUGGCCUUGGCUUUACCAAAUCACCUACACAAUGCGGUGCCCAUUGGGGAAGAGAACAUUGAGAAAGAAAGCUUUGGAGGUAAACUCACAUCACCAGCAUCUCAAGAACAACAUCCCUGUCUGUCAGUUCACAACCCAAUGGUUCACCCUGGCUAUCAGUACACCGAAGGAGACUUAGUCCUCAAGGAAUAUGAUCUUAUUUCUUCUGUUUCAUCUCAUCUGACAUCCAAUGGCUUUACAAGGUUCUCAAUGCCCGACAUGUAUAAACCAAUUACGAUGGAAGCAUUAGGACUGAACCCUGAAAACUCAAAUGAAUCAUAUGUCGUUCAGACGAGUGAGAAUAUCAUGCAUUUAGCUGGGACAUCACCAAUGGGAUUUCUAGCUUACUACAUGAUGUCAGUAUUAGAAGCCAGUGACCUCCCCCAAAGGUCCUUUGCAGUUGGGAGACAUUACAAUGCAUCUAAAGAAUCUUCAAACUUUGAGGGUCUUCAUAACCAAUUUCAGGAUUCCAGGGGUGAAAUCUUUGGAGUAAGUGAAGGGACAGAGGAUGCAAGCAACGCUCUCUUAUUUCAGUAUCUCGACAUGCUGAUUGACCUCAUCUUGACCUUUGACAUUCCAUUCAGGACUGUUGAGGUAUCGAGUAGAAACCUUCUACCAUGUAUGCAUAGAAUGAUGUCUGUUGAAGUCUGGCUGCCAAGUGAGGAGAAUUACGUAGAGGUAGCUAACGUGUGCAACUGCACUGAUUUCAUCAGCCGUCGUCUAAAGAUACGCUAUCCAAUCAAUCCCAGGGAGAGCGCUGUUCAGAGCAGAAAACGCAGCUUUGUACACACAAUUCACGGCACAGCCUUGAAACCAUCGGUCCUCCUGUCAGCCCUGUUGGAUCAUGGAGCAUUGGAUGUGAAAGAAGCAAGAUCAUGAUAAAUAGCUACUCGAAUAAGAAGAAACGCCCACCCUCCGAUCAGUGAUGGACUGUGACCUGGAAAAGACAAAGCAUUGGAGGGGCACAGCAUUGUUCACAAAUAAUACAGUGCCCUUCCAAUGCUUUGUCUCCUCCGGGUCACGAUCCGCCACUGCCUCCGAUAAAAAUCAAGAAAUUCUUCCUUUCAGUGUCAUGUUAGCCAUGUUCACACAUGGAUAUGACGAUGCUCUUCAACAUUUUGUCUAAACAGUCAAGAGAUACAGAUGUACAUGUAUAAGCCAUAAAAAAAACAACUCUUCUACCGGGGCAACAAAUUGGCAUGCAAUAGAAUUGGUUGAAAGUUGUACAGCGUUUGCAGACAAACUUCUGACAUCAUCAAACAUAUUCAGGGGUGUUAGAGUUCAGAUUCUUAUCUGAUUUCAGAUUUUUUGUUUGUUUUGAUUUUCAGCUUAAUUUCAGCUUAUUUUUGGCUUUCCUCUGUGCAUGAGAGGUAUGAGAGGUCUGUCUUUGUCAGACUUUUUCAACACUCUUCAGCUUUUUUUUUUGUGACCACUCACACCCCUGCAUACUCAUGACAUCAUACAGAUCUCAUUAUGACCACACAAACAUGGCUCGUGCCAUCAUGAAAGCAUUAUGUCAUGGGUUCGUCUUUGCAACUGCAAUCAAUUUAGGGACUAUUCAAAAGCAAGGCAAUGUCUGAAUCAUGACUGAACACUAUUGCCAAUGUUGAACUGAUUUCCUGUAGCCAAAAUCAAAUUUUGACAAAUGAUAUCCUUUCCAUUGAGAUUCUUGUUGAAAAUGAGUACAUGUAGGUUUCAGUGAGAAUGGGAAUGAUUUAGCCUACAAGAACAUGUUUCAGUUGUAAAUUUCAGUUUGUAAAUUCAGAACAACUUCAUAAAACACCCUCGGGCUGGUGAUUAAGUGAUGCGAAAUUAAGAAUUUGAAUUUUGUCGUGUCCAAGGGACUGUUUCAUAAAGCUGUUCUGAAGUUACGAGCGACUGUUGAUCCUUUCCUGUGGUAAAUGAUAUUUCUGUUUAUGGUAACUCCUGUAGGAACUCAGCAGGACAGCGUUUUUGCGGGUAAAUGCCAAGCUGGUAUAUAACCAAUUACCUAUAGCAAACACUUUACUUGUAGGUUAAUCAGUCAUAGUGGCUGACAUUAUAGACGACAGAUAUUCACCAUUAAAUGUUUAUUGGUGAUUAUCUAGAGUGUAAGAAAGGAUAACCAGUUGUUCUUAAAGUCGCUCUUAACUUAAGAACAACUUUAUGAAGCGACCACCUGUUCCUAUCGACAUCUUGCACAAGAUAUUGAGGUUUGUGUGCUAUGUCCGACUAUAAAAAUCUUUCAUGUAAAGCUUGGGUUUUUGAGAGCUAUUACCAGGGGGCCGUUUCAUAAAGCUGUUCGUAAGUUAAGAGCGACCUUAAAAAAGACUGGUAAUCCUUACGCGCUAAACCAUCACCCAUUUUUUAUACCAUUUACCACAAGAAAGGAUCACCAGUCAUUCUGUUGAGAGCUAUUACCAUGUUUACCAAUGAUGGCUCUUCAAUCUGCAAGAGGGCCCAGUUUGAGGUUUGUGAUGAAUUGCAAAUAUGAAAGGACCACUCUCAUUGGUUCUUGCUCAGUGUUUUUAACCAAGGUGCGCAUGUAACGAUGAUAUUGAUUGGUCCUUGACUGCAAACCUUUAUGUUUAAUCCCAGGACUGAAUUACUGAUUUUCAAGUGUUGCCCAACUAUUCUUGUUGUAAUGCAAAUGUAUUGUAUUUAACUGUUAUUUUCUAUAUUUGCAAUAAAAAUAAAAUGAAAUUGA